AUGGUGAUGGAAGUGGUGCUGGGGGAGUACGGAGAUGGGGGGGAGACGCAGGAGCUCACGCAGCAGCCCGACACCGGCCCAGAGACGACGCCACCAGCCCAGAGUGGCGGCGACGAGGCGGCGCCCGAAGCCACCUGGGGCCGGCUGAUCUGCCUGGCGCCCGAGCCUGGGAUCCACGAGCUAAAGCAGCGUCAGUGCGUCAUGGGUCGCACCACCAACGCGCACGCGCAGAUCCAGAUCGACGACGCCCGCGUGAGCUCCUCGCACUGCAAGAUCUUUCGCACGCCGGAGGGUGCGGUGCAGCUGCUCGACUGCUCCUCGAACGGGACGUACGUCAACGGCAAGGCGGCGAGGAUCCUCAAGUCGCUGCACCACGCGCACAUCAUCCGCUUCUACGACGUCUUCGCGACGGAGACCGAGCUCUGCCUGCUGGUCUUUGAGACGGAGACCGAGCUCUGUCUGCUGGUGGAGCUCGUCGAGGGCGGCGAGCUCUUCGACCACCUGAUUGAGCACGGCGCCUUCAAGGAGGUGGGCGCGCGCGCCGUCAUGGCGCAGCUGCUCGAUGCCGUCGGCUACCUCCACUCCAAGUCAAUCGUCCACCGCGACCUCAAGCCGGAGAACAUCCUGCUGCAGGCGGCUGCGCCCGAGGGCGGCGCUGUCCCCGUCUGCAAGAUAGCCGACUUUGGGCUCGCCAAGCUGGACCGCGUCGCGUCGACCUUUUGCGGGACGCCGCAGUACUUUGCGCCGGAAGUGCUCGGCUGCCGCGAGUCAAAGCGAGGCGACGAGCCUGCGUACAUCCUGCUCUGCGGCUCCCCCCCCUUCAACGAGACCGCAGGCUGCUCCGAUACCAUCUUCGACCAGAUCCGGCGAGGCAUCCGGCCGUCACUCCAUUUUGCGCACGCGCCAUGGCCGGGCAUUUCCCCCGCCGCGAGGCAGCUCGUCGGCGCGAUGCUGGAGCUGGACCCGCAGCGCCGCAUCACCGUCGCCGCCGCCAAGGAGCCGUCGGGCCUCAGAGGAGCACCCGUGGAUGAGGGGCCUUAG